CAUUAGUAUUAAAAAUAAAAACAAGAAAAUCUCUUUCACUAACACGAAACCCUAAACCUUAUUUCUCUGCUCAUGAGCGUAACGAAGGACAUCAUGGCUCUCUUGUAGCACUUGAAACCCCAAAUCCAAUGUCAAAUCUUUUCGCACAUUCUAACGUUCACAAGAUUAGGAGGCAGCAGGACUAAGAAUUCCACCACCUGAUACAAGCUAGAAAACAGAGCAAAUAGGCCCCGAAUCGCAAGCAUUGCAGGUUUGAAAUGGCUUUGUCACUGUGGAGAAGUCGCACUGCAUCAUCAGCACUGAACUUGUUCACCAAUGCUGUUCGUCGUUCCUCUUCUGAGGUGACAAACAGCAGUCCUUAUAGUACACGAGAGAGUAUGAUGAGUCAAAUGAUGUAUUCUGACAUAAACUCACAAAUUGGGAGUUGCAUGCCACUGUCUGCAAUGCGAAUUGGAACAAUCAUUCACAACAUUGAGUUGAACCCAGGGCAAGGUGGCAAGCUUGUCCGAGCUGCUGGAACUAGUGCAAAGAUCUUGAAAGAGCCCACUUCGACAUACUGUUUAAUCCAACUGCCCUCGGGUGUUAAAAAGUUUAUUGAUUCUCGAUGCAGGGCCACUGUUGGUGUUGUGUCUAAUCCAAGCCAUGGGGAUUGCAAGCUUAGGAAGGCCGGACAUAGCCGAUGGCUUGGCCGAAGACCGGUUGUUCGAGGAGUGGCAAUGAAUCCCGUAGAUCAUCCUCAUGGUGGAGGAGAGGGUAAGAGCAAGAGUAGUGGUCGAUGGGGGCGAGGAUCUCGCACUCCUUGGGGUAAGCCAACUAAAUGUGGCUACAAGACUGGACCCUUGAAGCGCAAAAGGUAGUAGUAGUAAUAUUAGGAUACAACAUUCACUAUAGCUGUUUUUGAUGUUUCCUUAUCAGAUGCUUGCAAUAAUUGUGGAAACUGUCAUUCCUGUUUUAGGGAAUUCAUGGAAUUAAUUAGGUUCAGCCAAUUUGUGGAAAUUCUGGGUUCAAAUUUUAUUGUUGUGAAAGUAAAAUGUUGUUAACAUGUUUGCAUUCAGCUUACUGUA